UCUAUCGUGCAGCAGAUGCUUCCGGGCUAGCCGCCGCGCGCUCGGGAUGUUCGGGCUUAGCCUCCGCCGCGCGGUUCGCGCGCGCGGAAGGCUGCGCGCGCAUUUCAGCACCCCGCCGGCUUGGUAUCAUUUGCUGAACCUUAAAAAAGUAGACAAGUCAAUGGGAAAAACCCCCAAUAAAAUAAGCUACUUGAAACCCUUAAAGCCACUGGAACCUGAUUCGUUGUUGAAACUACUGAAAACAUCUAUAGUACAUGCGGAUGGUACUCUUGUGGCCAUUAACAAACCUUGUGGUAUCCCUGUAUCAGGCAAGCCAGAAGACCUGACUUUGCAAUCUGUUCUGCCACAGCUAAGCCAGAAUCUAAAUCUCCCACAAGAUCUCCAGGUGAUCAAAGCUCCAGAAAAGGAAGGUUCUGGACUUGUUCUGCUUUCAAGCUGCCCAAACACCACUCGAUAUCUCCAAGAUUUUUACAGUCAGCGCAAGAGGAAAAAGCUUCCAGUUGCUACUUACUGUGCUGUUACUACCAGGACUCCAGUAGCUACGGAAGGAGAAAUUCAUACAGGCCUCAAGAUGGUGGACAUCGAUGGCUUUGAUGUGGUAGUGCCAGUGGCUUCCCCUUCUCGUAAAAGCCUCCUAACCAAGGAGGUGAAAAAGACACUGUCGCACUACAAAGUGCUAGACUCAAAGGAGGGCUGUGCCCUGUUGCAGCUGCAGCCAGUGACAACUUUCCGGAACCAGAUGCAGGUACACCUGACCCUGAUCCUGAGCCCUGUGCUAGGAGAUCAUGUGUAUUCUUCUCGGGUGGGAACAGUUCUUGGAGAACCUUUUCUCUUGCCUGCUGAGGAGAGUCCACCUCGGACACAGGUUCUAGAGGAACAUUUGAUGCAAAAGCUCCGGUUACGGCAACAAGUGAUGUUUCGCUUGCAGCUUCAUCUCCACCUCCACCAACUUCUGCUCCCUGAUGGUUGCUGUUCUUCCCGCACUCUAUUGGUGGCCCCCCCUCCUCCUUUUUUCCUCCAGACACUUCGUAACCUUGGACUUAACCUGCCCCCUAUGAGCAGCAAGCAGUGAAAAGAUCUACAAAGCGUUUGUCUGGAUCCAUUCAUUGCUGGCAGCCCAGUCAAGUGGAUGCAGCUGCCGUUAAAAUCUGGGUCCACCCAAAGAAAAGGUCCUGUCGUUUUGGAAGGAAGCUUCUGCUCCUUCUGGAAAGAGGCUCAGAUAUAUAUCAUGUUCCUCCAGAGUUGCUUAAACAGGUGGCGUACAAAUGACUGACAGUGAAAAAGUGCUUAUCACAAAGUGUGAGCGGAAGGAAAUUUCUAAGUAAAAACCUAUUUUGUAACUACCGUAUUUUUCGGAUUAUAAAACACACCUAAAUUUAGAAGAGGAGAACAACAACAAAAAAGUUUUUGGCCUACCCUUUUUCAGGCCUUUUCCAGUCUUUUUUUGGCCUGUUUCUGGGGCUUUUUCCGACACAUUUACAAGGCUUUUUUUUUUGCCCGUUUUGGGGGCUUUUUUUGGCCUGCUUUCAAGACUUGUUACAGCCCAUUUUCAAGGCUUUUUGUGGCCCAUUUUUGUGGCUUUUUGGCCCAUUUUUGAGGCUUUUUUUGGUCCAUUUUUGAGGCUUUUUUGGUCCUUUUUUUGGAAAAAAAUGGCCCCCAAAAUGGGUCGAAAAAAGCCUCAAAAACAGGCCCCAAAACCCCCCAAACUGGCCAAAAAAGCCUCAGAAAAGCCUCAAAAACAGGCCAAAAAAAGCUCCAAAAACGGGCUAAAAAGCACCCAAAAUGGACCAAAAAAGUUUCAAAAACAGGCCAAAAACAGCCUCAAAAAUGGGUCAAAAAAAGGCCUGAAAACAGGGCAUACGGAGGCCAAAAAAUUGGUUGGCAGGUGGGCAGGGCUUGAGCAAUAUUCGGUCUAUAAGACACACAAACAUUUCAUCCCCUUUUGGGAGACAAAAAAAUGCAUCUUAUAGUCCCAAAAAUACGGUAGCUGGUAUAAUCUGGCUACAGAAGAUAUUUUAAGGAGGGCAUUUUUGGUUGGUUGGGUUUUUUUUUAAAGUUGUUAUACCCAUGGAACUGGGUUUUUUUUUAGCCAUCAAUCUUUAUGCCUGUGCAUGGUAGUGUCACAGCAACCCAGACACUAUUAUUAUUAGGAUGUAUGCAUUCUUAAUAUCUAGAUUGUAUAUUGUUGUGUGAAAGUAAAUUGUACUUAAUAUUUUCUCUAUAUUAAGAAGCAAUAAGCAGAUUAUAUGUUGGUUUAGGACUGCUAGGUGGAUAAGAAGGAGCUGAGCAUCCAGCCAGAGAAAAAUUAGGGGAAUGUUCUUUUCCAACUAUUUAGUUAUCAAAUGAGUUACCCUAUUGAAAAAUGCAAAGGAGAGCCCUGAAUUUGCAGAACGAUUUUGCCAAUAAAUUACUUCUUUGGCAUAUAGUACAGUAGGUGAGUUGCUGCUGAUUCCAGAGAUAAUUAUGUCUUGUUCUCAAUUGUAUGGAGCUCAGGGUUUUCAUGUCAAAAAGUUAUCUAAUCCACUCUUAAAUAUUCUCAGAGUGACUUUUUCAGCCACUAUUGGGCUGCAUUGGUGGAUUAAAAAUAAUAAAAUUGAAAAUAGUGUAAUCAUACAAGAUGUCAGCAUUUCAUAAAACAUUUUAAUUAGUUUUCAGGAUACAAAUUACUUCAAAGUUGUCCUGGUGACUAAAAUGGGCUCUGUUGAUGUUGCUUGGAUUAGAUGUCAUUUUUAAACACAAAAGGUAAAUAUUAAUUAAGAGAGAGAGAGAGCAAUAAAACACAGUUUAUUUUUUCCAAGGCUUUUAAUUAUUAAAUUUCAACUAAUGAUAAACAGCAAACGCUUCACCUAAUCUUCCUCAUCCUUUCACCUCUUUUUAUCAUUUCUGGACACAUGCAUUUAAGUGUUGAAGUUCUCAUAAAUUGAAAACAAGUACACAUAUUCAAACAUGUGCCUAUCCCUCGCAGCUGGCUUUUUUUAAUUAUUGUUCUGUGUGAAUGGCCCUUUGUGAUUUGAAAGUUUGCCUUCUGCUAACAUGAAAGUUUUCUCGCCCUGUUUCGCAAGGGAGAAGCCUGAUUAAUUUGGAAAUCACUUGAUUCCUGUAUGGACUUUGAACACAGACUGUUGUCAGGGCCAGAGGUUUAUCUUCCUUUACAAAAGCUUUCCUCUGCAAAAACAAUUGGAAUCUUUGGCUACUAGUUGGUGAGAAAACUUUUAAAGUGAGAUAGCCAGUACCUGGAUAUUUUUCACAAGCUUUGCCCAUAUGUGUACAGUAGUGGCCAAAAUUGUGAAAACCUUUUGGGAACACAACUUUUGGGGGGAAUUUCAAGAUAACCAUAUUCCACUGCUGGAAUGGCCUGGGAAUAGCCCAGACCUUAACCCAAUUGAAAAUCUAUGGAGCCAACUAAAGAAAUUUGUUAGUCAGAAGUGACCCAGUGAUAAAAACCAGUUAAUAGAAGCAAUCAUUCAAUCUUGGUUUCACAAAGAUUUGGUUCACUCUAUGGGAAGACGUUGUAAGGCCGUAUUCAUGCUAAAGGUUACCCAACUAAGUAUUAACUGUUGUGUUAAUUUUUGUAUAUCUCGUUUUUUCUAUGGUGAUAAUUUUUGUAUAUCUCAUUUUUUUCUACGUGUUUCACUUUUCUUCUUUAUACUGUAACUGCUAUUCUAAUAGCAAAUCCUUCAUAAAAUUUAUUGCUUUACAUUCUUGAUUAAAUUAUCUUUCCAUUGAUAUAUAAUUUUAUAGUACUAUUCCAAACAAAGUGGUGUUAUUAGCUAGUUUUAGAAAAUACACUUUUCCCAAAAGGUUUCCACAAUUUUGGCAACUACUGUACACAGCUUAUUCCAAACACCAACUUCUACCUAUUCUCUUCCAAAGUUCUGCUACAACAAAGAAUACAAGUUGUGUUCAGAAAUGGGCAAGAAGCAGCAAAUUAUAUGUGGUCUUAGGCCUGAUGCAACUAUUAUAUAAACGAGAGAAUAAAGAAGAACUGAAAUUUAUCCUUUAUAAAGCAUCUGCAACAUCUGGAAAAAGUAUAUAUCAGUUAUAUGCAUUUUUUGUUAGACUGAAGAUCUAGAAUAUUUGAGUCCUGUAGAGACUAAUGGAUAAACCAGGAAUUUAGGGAGCCAAAAUACUGCUCCAAAAUUUGGUUGGGUUCUGCAAGUAUAUGUGGUAAUAUUAUUUUUAAAGUACCCUUAUAUCUCAUAUAUACCAACGUAGAAGCCCACUUGCAGAUGUCAACCCUUGAAUUUUCAACUGAAACACCAUGAAAUACAUCACGUGCAGAUAAGCCAAUUGUGAAAAUUAAAACAUACAAAAAUUUUAAGAGUCAACUUAUCUGCAGUAUGGCUUAUCGUAAGCGUGUACGGUAAUGUUUUGGUGACUGCAGUCCAGAAAGUGGCUUAAAUUAUGAAUUAGAAUUUAUAUAAUGUCUAUGCCUUAAAUCUGUUGACCUAAUGUUGGAAUCCAGUAACAUCCAGAAGAGCAUAGCUUCUCCAUCCCUUAUUUUGCAUAAAUGUAGGUGUUUGAGGAAGCAGUUCUGUUAGUUGUAAGAGUAAUUCUGCAAAGAAUGGUGAACAUCUAAAAGUUACUUAUGUUCUAAGGCAGUGUUUCCCAACCUUAGCAAGUUUAAGAUGCAUGGGCUUCAAUUCCCAGAAUUCUGGGAGUCAAAAGCUGAAAGGUUGAAAAUCACUGAUCUAAGGAAAUUUCUAUAUGUAGAACAUAGACAGUUCUAUCUCACAUGCAGUAAGAACUGCUAUUGGAGAAAAUAUUAUUACUAAUGCUUGUUUCAGCUUCUGGUACUUUAUAUAAAUGAUUAUCCUAUUUUCUUCUUUUUGAUAGCACUGAAAAAGGUUUUGACUUGUUUGCUUUAAAUAUUAAAACAGUUCUCCAAGGAUUAGACUAGUAGAUUACAAAAGUAAAAUUUAUUGCUUUACAAAGAAUUUACAAACCACACUGUUACAAGACCUCAGUGUAAAUAUGUUAAUAGUAAAAUAAGGAAGAUAUAUACUUGAUUACCUAAAAUACAUAUUUUAUGGAUUGUAAUAAAAUUUAUAAAUAUAUAAAAUUUUUGGCAUCCUAUUGCAUUCUUUCCCAUUUUAAGAAAAAUAUUUUAUGCAUAUUAAUGGAAAUCUGAAACACUGAAAUUUAGCAGAGCUGGGGAAGAGAAUAUGACACAGGCUCCUUUUAUGUAUGGUUCCAGAGCUAAUAGGAAAUACACGGAAUAUAUUUGAAAUAUAUUUAUACAGAAAUAGCAUGCUAGAAUAUGUGGGAAGUUCAAGCUAGUUUAUUUAAGAAGCAGUCUUGUGCCAGAGUAAAUUAGUCCAUCUG